AUGCCCUGUUUUCAUGAGGAAGAAAUGGCUUAUGCAGCUUUUGAUGAUCACCACGACCCGUGCACCGACCUCUUCAAGCGCUAUCAGCAGUGUGUUCAGAAAGCAAUAAAGGAGAAGGAGAUUCCUAUUGAAGGACUGGAGUUCAUGGGCCAUAGCCAAGAGAAGUCUGAAAGUUCUUCUUGA